AUGCCGGAUCCAGCAAAACAGGAACUGAAUUUAAAGGAAUUACACUCAUGGACAGAUUUUUACCAUGAAUUAGAAAGCAGCACGGUAGAAUGUACAAAUAAAUGCAAGAGCAAUAUAGCAUGGAUUUCAAGUAAGUGUUCGGGAAAUAAAUGUAAUGUUAAAGAAGAACAAAUUAAGAAAGCAGCUGGUUAUGCAUACGGAAAGUAUGAAAAAGGCGAAAGCAAAUUAUUCAAAGAGGAACCCUUUUAUUUCUUAUAUUAUUGGAUUGGUGAUAAAUUACCCAAAGGCGGCGACAAAGAUACCGAAUUCCGAGGUAAGAUCAAAUCUAUAUGCGAAGAGAUAAAUAAAUUCUGUGAGGGAGGGAAAUGUGGAAUUCCUUGUGAUGAUCUUGAUAAGGUUAUUUUCAAUCACAGGAAAAAAGUGUUCGAUUAUUCCUAUGAUUAUAAUUACGUAGAGAAGGAUUUACUUCAGGGAGAUGGGCCCACAUGUGAAGGAGGAUGGUCGGAUUACCGGGAGGGAGUUUCCUUAGCAUGUACUGCUGUGAACACAUACUGCGAUAAUCCUGCAAAUAAAAGUGGUCAAUAUUGUAAAGAAUUCAGGAAAAGGUACGCGCUUCCCUGUAAUACAGCGGAACUGUUAGAACUCUACUGUGGAAAAAAUUUUGAUCUGCAAUCUGAAAGAAGAAAUGCAGCAGAGGAAGCACAAAGAGCAUCCCUUCAAGCAGAAGCAGAAUUAAAUGAAGCUGUUCAAGAAGAAAAGGAAGAUCUACCACCCGACAACAACAACAACAACAACAACAACAACAACAACAACAACAACAACAACAACAACAACAACAACAACAACAACAACAACAACAAUUGGACGACUCUACCACCGAUGGGUCCACAGUAA